AUGAACUUGAAGUGGGCGCUGUAUGCGACAACAGUGGCGCUGCUCAACACUAUUGCCAGUCGAGCUGUGGCAAAGGAGUGUAGUGGUCAAGGUACUCAACUCAUGUCGCUACAAAUCAUCAAAUUCAAGGCUGGAGCUGGAGAUGGAUGUAUUUACCAGCAGAAGAAAUCAGCAACAACGACGACCUCAGCGGAGAGCGGCAACAGGAUUGUUCAACACACCAAGCAGACAAUGUCGGGCUUCAUGUCUCCAAGCACUGACAGCGUCGACUAUAAAUGCCACGGCUGUCCCGUCUCCUGGUCUCUCCCGGCAGCCGCCCUCGAAUGGAAAGAAGUCGACGGCGUCCCGAUCGAGGCCUUUCGCGUCGACAACGACACCCCCACGCGCUGCCUACACUGUGCUCUCGUUCUCGGCGCCAUUGUGAAGCUCAACGACCUCGUCUUCCGCGAGCCAUGGUUGUUGACAGAGGGCAAGGGUGGUGAGCCGAAGAAGGAGGCGUGGGAAUUGGUGGGAACGGAGAAGAAAGACAGUGGUCACGCUUCUUCCUGCUUCCGCGACAAGGUGCUGGCCAACUUCGUUGAGACUGCUGGAAAGGGGUUCGCUGUCGAGGUGGAGGGCGCGGAGAAGGAGAAGAGCGAGAAGCAGGAGGAAGAGCAGAAGGGCAAUUAG